UCACAAGUUCCCAUGCGCUCGGAUUCGCGGUUGUAGCUUCAAAUGUACUUUGAAAGUUCGCUCUUUCGCUCGAAAAUAGUAUUUGAAUCCCUCGCGAUACGGCCCCCGAAACUUUACACCGACAGAUAAACUAAGCGGCUUGACCGGUGGUUUGUGAUACGCGAUUUUGUAAAAUACCCGCGCCGAUUUCUACCUCUCUUUCUCAUCUAGUGAAUUCAUUGUGAUAUUACGUGCUUAGUAGAUUAAUUUAGUAACAAAUUUAUGACAAAUUCACGUGGUUCCUAUUAGUUGUAAAAAAUUCGCAUGACAGCCCUCGCCAAAACAAACAGCGGGUCGAUCGAGUCUCUUUCGGAGGAAGAGUUGACGGCGGUGUACGGAGCCGGCGCGAGGAUCCACAGCUCGCACCACCGGCCGCCCCCGAGCGCCCUCUCGUCCACCUGCUCGAGCUCCACCUCGGUGGCCACCAACGGCUCCACCGUCGCCCUGUUGCACAGCUCCCAAAGGAAGAAGAGCAAGAACAAGUACAACGUCCACAAGUACAACCUCUACAACAAGGGCAUCAAGAUGACGUCCGGCGCCCAGAAGGAGCUCAACCUCCUCUUGACCGCCCCGACCGUGCCCGAGAUCAUCAAGUCCGAGUCCGAGAAGGACCCCAAGAAGGACGAGGCCAACGAUGGCCGCCUCCAGAACUCGCACGAGGCCACCUUCGAGACCCUCAACUCCAGCGGGAUCAUCAUCAAAGAGAAACAGGACAGCUCUCAGUCCGCUAGUAUCAUUCCACAAGUUUUAGCAUCAUUAAGUGUCUCUUUAGGAUCUUUAGCUGUCGGAUUCUCUUCAGCUUAUACCUCACCAGCGUUGCCUUCUAUGACUGAUGCCACUAGUAUUCUUUAUGGAAAAGUCUCCGCUGAAGAGAUGUCAUGGAUAGGAAGUAUCAUGCCCUUGGCAGCUCUCUUCGGUGGAAUGGCAGGAGGACCGCUGAUAGAAUCACUUGGUCGACGGACCACUAUCAUUUCUACUGCUGUGCCUUUCAUAGUUUCUUUCCUUCUGAUCGCUCUGGCUGUGAACGUAGCGAUGGUGAUGACCGGGCGAGCGAUCGCCGGGUUCUGCGUGGGGAUCGCCUCGCUGGCGCUGCCGGUCUACCUGGGCGAGACGGUGCUGCCGGAGGUGCGCGGGAUGCUGGGUCUCCUGCCGACGACCCUGGGGAACAUCGGGAUCCUCCUGUGCUACGUGGCCGGCGCCUACCUCGACUGGUCCAUGCUCGCCUUCGCCGGCGCCCUCAUCCCGGUCCCCUUCCUCAUCUGCAUGUUCUUCAUCCCCGAGACCCCUCGCUGGUACAUCGGCAGAAAUAAACACAAGAAAGCAAGAAAAGCCCUGCAAUGGCUGCGAGGCCAGAACGCCGAUAUCUCGGCUGAGUUCGACGAAAUCGAGAAGACCAACGCUGAGAGUAACAAGAACGAGAAAACCGCCGGCUGCUCGGAGCUUUUCGCCAAAAUGUACAGGAGGCCUCUCCUCAUCUCCAUCGGACUCAUGUUCUUCCAGCAGAUGAGCGGUAUCAACGCCGUCAUCUUCUACACCGUCAAAAUCUUCAAGGAAGCCGGAAGCACGAUCGACGGAAACAUCUGCACCAUCAUCGUGGGGAUCGUCAACUUCGGCUCGACGUUCGUGGCGACGAUGCUGAUCGACCGGCUCGGACGGAAGGUGCUCCUCUACAUCUCCUCCAUCGCCAUGAUCGCCACCCUCGGGGUUCUCGGUCUCUUCUUCUGGGCCAAAGAGAGGAACAUCGACGUCACCGCCUACGGCUGGAUCCCCCUCGCCUCCUUCGUCAUCUACGUCAUCGGGUUCUCCAUCGGGUUCGGACCCAUCCCCUGGCUCAUGAUGGGCGAGAUCCUACCAGCCAAGAUCAGAGGCCCGGCAGCUUCUCUAGCGACGAGCUUUAACUGGUCGUGCACUUUCAUCGUGACGAAGACUUUCGUGGACCUGCUGGCUCUCAUCGGCUCGAGCGGAACCUUCUGGCUCUUCACCGGAAUCUGCGCCGUAGGCCUCGUCUUCGUCGUCCUUUUCGUGCCGGAGACCCAGGGCAAGAGUCUCGAGGACAUCGAGAGGAACCUCACCGGCGGCCCCAAGGUCCCCGUCCGACAGUGCCGAAGAAUGAGCUCCAUAGCCAACCUCAAGCCCCUUCCCAUGGCUGUGUAAGCGAGUCCGGAAAGACAAGAUAUCUCGAAAAUGUACAAAAACUUUUACAAGUUACUCUCCCCUUGACUUUUUUCUACUGUAAAUAACGAAAGGACCUGUAAAUUUGUCAACGUGUAAAUUAACGCGCGCAGGGGUGAUUCUUGAAAUUUCGCAUAGCUGUCUCUCUCUACGUCGAUUUAAAUCUAUUGAAAAGGAUCGAUAAACAAGGUGUCCUUGAUAAUCGAUUCUUUAACAUAGCUGCAAAUGGGGAUGUAUCGAUGAUCGAUCUUGAAUGUAGAGGAAAACAGCGUUGCCAACUUGCGAGAAUCGCCACUGAGCGCGUGCGAUCUCGGAUCGAAUAUUCUCGUCUUCCAAAAUUUAGCCGUUACUGAGAAUUGUAAGCGUUGACGCGGGAGUGACCCGGCGCGCAGUGGAGACGAAACUGAGACAUUCCAUAGCAUGCUUUAAGUGCAGACUGAGGAAAAUUUUCCGAAACUCACCUCAGGAAUACGUAAAGUUAAGCGACUCGGAGGCUAUGAUACUGAGGGAAAAACUCGGUAGGCUCACGGAUUCUCCUGGGAACGCUGAUUCCCUGUAUUUCAUAGCAGUUUUUGAGAGCUGGCAACAUUGCUUUUCCCAUCCCCUGUUUAAAUGUAUGAAAAUCGAUCGAUUUGAAUCGAUAUUUACAAUGGAUUUGAGAGGGAAGAAAGCAAUGUUGUCGAUUUGUGAGAGCCAGGAGAGUUGUGAUUUUAUCGACUUUUUUCUCGAUGAUGGAGUUCCUGAAACUCCUUGUGCUUCCGGCUUGAUAGGAGUUAGAAACUUGCGUGAUGUAGUAUUAGUGUGCUGUUUUUUUUAAAAUUGUUGACUAUACGAUUGAUAUAAAAACUUUAGCUGUGUGAUGAUUUUAAAAGAAAUCAGGGAAUUUGACGUGUAAAAUGGUGCUCAUGUAAAUUGACUUACUGUGGUUACCAAGAUAGUGAUUGGAAAUGAUGAUAUUUACCUCAGUCGAGACUCCAAAUUAUGUUGAGUUCUUUGUAGGAUAGGUUGCGCACAUGACUUCAGUCUUGGGGUGCUGUUUUUGUAGAGUGGUCAUGAAACCGAAAUUAUGUAACGCGCAGAUUUUUCGAGAGGGAGAUUCUUGUGAUCGAGAGAAUCGAAAAAGUUUAAUAAAAGACACCGAAGAAUGAAGUUCAUGGAAAGUGAGGGUUUGGCGAUGGCAAAUUACCCGAGACGUAGAAAGCAAAUAGAAUCUGUGAUCAUGGCACGAGUAGAUGUUUAAUGAUAUUAUUUUUAUGAUAAAGGAUGAAAGCGGAGAAAAUUGAAGCAAACCAUCCGUUUUUCUAGCUUUUGACUGCCCGCCAUUUUUAAUUCGUUUGACCUAUGAAAUUUUCCGAGUUUAAAAAAUUCCAUUUUAUGGGCAUUUAAAAUUCUAAUUGCAAAACCGGUAUACUUCUGAUCCACAAUAAGCCAUAUUUUAAAAAAUAAAAACUCGAAAACCCGCUAGUUUCAGGCGUUGGAAAAAAAAUACGCUCUCACGAAAAUACGUAAGGAAAGAGUUUGAGCUAAACUUGUGACUGCACAGAAGGAGGAUGGUAUGCCCUGUGCCUUGACUAACAGCCCUUUUCCAAGGAAUCACAGCUAUACUUUAUCAAACAAAAGCUUUAAGCUCAAACCGAUUUAGGACACAAUACUUUUGUAGCUUGUACAUUUGUCUUUUCAAUGCUCAAAAUGUUAGACAGUUUAAAAUUUGAACAUCUUGAACUCUUUGCAAGAGGGACGGAGAUAAGAAAAACCCGAAUGUGUUGGAGUGUAUACGUUGAUUUAUACACUCCAACAUCAUUUCACUCGAAUUGUGAGAAUAAUAUCUUGUUUAUGCAUUUAUUUUUGUUAUACAUUCAAGUAUGUUUUAGUUUAAUUUUUAUUCACUUAUUUAUUUAUUUAUUACUUAUUUAUUUAUUUUAUGAUUAGUCAUAGAAGAAAUAAAUGCUAUCAAAUUGACCCUAUGGAGACACAAAAAAAAAAAAAAUACAGCCGAUAGUGCUGAGGGUGCUCUGAAACGCAAUUGAUUCGCACUGUUCUGAGGACUAGCUCACUCAGACGACUGAUUGUAAACUAAAGUUCCAAAAUAAACGUAGAAACUUAGGUAAUCAAAAUAGUCAUCUAGUUUUAUUGUGAAUUUUAAACGUUUUUUUAUUGUUCUUAUAAUUAUUACUAUCGAAUUGAAUGUAAAUUGUAAUAAGCCUCAUCGAGGCUCGUAAGAGAAUAAUAAAAGGAAAUGAAGAUUUUAGAACAAAAACGAGAAAACCCAAGUUUUAGACUUGAAAUUUUGUUAUUGUUUUAAAUACAUAAAUUAUUUUCAAAAUAAA